AUGGCCGCAUCUCGGAUCUCUCAAAUCGCCGCUCAUCUCAACUACCCAAAGGGGAUGCUAGCUGGUCAGGUUGCCAUCAUAACCGGCAGCGGACAAGGCAUUGGCGCCGAAGCAGCCCGCCUCUUUGCCAAUGAAGGCGCCCUUGUUGUCGUCUCGGACAUUGAUGCCGAAAAGGCCGCAUCCGUGGCCGAGACCAUAAACUCUGCCGGCGGAAGGGCACUCGCGGUGCCUGGUGACAUGCUGGACGCCGGUUAUAUCCAGACGCUUGUUGACAAGGCCGCAGCAUUUGGCCAAGGGAAAAUCCAUUAUAUCGUUAACAACGCAGGCUAUACGUACGACGGUGUUAUCCACAAGAUGACAGACAAGCAGUGGGACACGAUAAUGGACCUGCAUACCAAAGCGCCCUUCCAGCUGGUUCGGGCCGCUGCGCCCUACUUCCGCGUCAAGGACGGGGAGCCCCGGUGCAUCGUUAACAUCUCGAGCACCUCGGGCGUCCACGGCAACGCCGGCCAGGCAAACUAUGCCGUGGCCAAGGCUGGCGUCACUGGCCUGACCAAAACGAUUGCGAAGGAAUGGGGCCCUGCCUUUGGUGUGAGAAGUAACACGGUGGCAUUUGGCCAUAUUCUCACCAGGUUGACCCAGGCAAAAGAGCAGGGUGCCUUCGUUACUGGCCCGAAUGGCGAGAAGAUUGCCUUGGGUAUCCCCACGGCACAGCAGGCCACCAAGGACCAGUAUCUUGAUAUCCCACUGAGGAGGCCUGGCCCCUACGACCCCAGCACCACACACCUACUACUCUCCACGGUCUUUCCUGUAGCAGUCGUAGCAGUCGUCUGUUGCCAAUCACUGUGCACAACUCAUCGAGUUGUCUCGCCCAUCCUCUCACCCCGUCUGUACCAGCAUCUUUCCGGCAAUUCGGGAUACACUCACGAUUGCCCUCCUCGUCUAGAGUCGGUCUACCUCUGCCUAUUGUGCCAGCUUUCGGCCCUCGGAACAGUCAGAAUAGAGAAACCUGAGGCGGAGAGCUUUGCCACGCACGUCCACGACGCUUGCAGUCAUCACACACGGCCUGGGUGCUAUGAGUCCCUAUACGGUCAGUGCAUCAACACACGAGUACAUUCCGCUAUCACCACUUGGGGAAUCUGCAUGCUGCUUGGAUGGCAGCCCAUUGAAGAGUCCCACGCUAUCCAGCCGAAGAAAAAGACAGAAAUCACUCGUAAGCCGCUUGUGAAGAUGAACGCCAAGCAGCACGGCAAAAGGAGUGAGACUGAUCGGGAAUCGCUGAUGCAUUACUAA